AUGAAGGUGAAUGCACCGCAGGAACAAUGGAGCCGAGACGGUUCCGGUUUCUGCCCGCCGCCGCCCCCCCCCGUCCGGCUGCGGGUCCCCAUCCACCGCCCCGCAAACCCCUUCCGGCACCGCAUCUGCCGGGUGUUCUCCACCGCGGAGGACGGGGACGACAGCCUGUCCUUCGAAGACUUCCUCGACAUGAUGAGCGUCUUCAGCGGCGCGGCGUGGAGCCUACCCUGUCCCCAGGUCGCCCAGGCCCUCUCCUCGCCGAGCACGGACUUUGACGAUGAUGGGACCCUGGACAGAAACGACCUGGAGAAACUGGUGAACUGUCUGACGGGGCAGGGCGAGGAGUCCCGGCUAAGCAGCGCGGAGAAGGAGCAGCUCAUCCAAAAUAUCUUGGAGGAGUCCGACAUCGACAAGGACGGCACCAUCAACCUCUCCGAGUUCCAGCACGUUGUCUCCCGCUCCCCGGACUUUGCCAG